AUGCCGCUGAUUGCAGUAGUGGGGUGCAAAAAAGACAACGAAUUCUACAAUGAAGGCCAGAUCUGGACUACUGAACACAUCCGAUAUCAGUGUACUGUUGAAGGAAUUAUUCGAGUGCUCGGUUGUGUGGAUGAAAAUGGUUUAUUCGUAGAGCUUGGCAGGGAUAUUAUGAUGCAUGGCAUCGUACAUCGAUGCUACAGAAUCGAUAAGACAACUGUAUACCAUCGUUAUGAAUGUAACAGACGAACUCUGGCCGAAUGUAUCCUGAACGCUCCGACGCUACGGCCACCGACAACCCCAUCCUGA